AUGCAAUUCCUCUUCCACUCCCAUCCGAAAUCCCUUCACCACAGCCGCCAUCACCACCACUGUCACUGCCGCAGCCUUGUCGAUUUUGCGGCCAUCAAGCACGUCAAAGACAGGGGCUUAGACCAUGCAGUAGAGCGAGAAAAGCACUUAAAGCCAGUGCUUACAAUAAAGAACUUGAUAAAAUCAGAGCCAUCAAAAUCACUUCCUAUCUCCAUAAUCACUCAACGAAAAGACUCCCUUAAAAUCCCAUUACGGCCAAUAGAGUUAAUCAGAAGAUAUCCUUCAAUCUUUCAAGAAUUUCUACCUGGCGGCAUUGGAAUCCAUCCUCAUGUCAAGUUAACACAACAGGUACUUGAUCUUGAUAGUGAAGAACAGUUAGUUUAUCAAAGUGAGAAUUAUAAGAAUGAUGUUGCUUGUAGGCUUUUAAAGUUGUUAAUGAUUUCAAGAAUGGAUAAAAUUCCAUUAAAGAUUCUUGAUUUUUUAUUAUGGGAUUUGGGUUUGCCUCAAGAUUUUGUCAAGAGUAUAGUUCCUGGGUUCCCUGAUUAUUUUAGAGUUAUUGGGGAUAAGAAUUUGUCGUCUAGGUCAGGUUCGGAUUUGGGGUUGGAGUUGGUUUGCUGGAGUAAUGAAUUGGUUGUUUCAGUUAUGGAAAAGAAGGCAAAAAGUAGAGAAAAUGGUUAUGUUAAAGGGAUGCCUAUUGAGUUUCCAAUGCAGUUUUCAAAGGGAUUUGAAAUGGAUAAGAGGUUGAAGCAGUGGUUAAGUGACUGGCAAAAGAUUCCUUAUUUUUCUCCCUAUGAGAAUGCUAUGCAUCUUGGGCCUAAUACUGAUGAAUCGGAUAGAUGGGCGGUGGGUCUAUUGCAUGAGGUUCUUAAUCUUUCUGUUUCGAAGAAAGUGGAGAAGGACACUUUGUUGUGUUUGGGAGAGUGGCUGGGGAUCCGGUCGAGGUUUAAGAGAGCAUUGCUACACCAUCCGGGGAUAUUUUAUUUGUCGAGUAAGAUAGGAACUUAUACUGUUGUUUUGAAGGAGGGAUAUAAGAGGGGAUUGUUAAUUGAGAAGAAUCCAGUGGUGGAUAUUAGGAAUCAGUAUAUUCAUCUUAUGCAUACGGAUGUUGAAGAACAUAAGUCAAUUAGCAUACCUGGAGGAAGCAAACAACAAGAAAAGAAGACUGAUGGCCAAUCUGAAGGACAAGGAGAAAAGGAGGAUGCUAAGGAUAGCGUGGAAGUGGCUGAUGCGGGGUGUGAUUUUGAGGAUGAUAGCGAAGAUGAGUGCGAAUAUGAUGAUGAUGACGAGGAGGAGGAGGAGGAAGGUGAGAGUAGGACACAUACUCAUAGAAAUGCCCCAACUAAUAGGGGAAGAGCAGACAGGAAUAGCAAUUUGGAUGUGAGGGGGCAUUCAAGGAAUGCUAGGAGGGAAAGGGGGGUCGAGAAACACCAUGGUAAGGCAAGGGAUAAAAUUGUACCAAAAGACGACUAUAAGUACAAUGAUGACGAGAAGGAGGAAGGAGAGAGUAGGACACAUGCUCGAAGAAAUACCCCAAGGGGAAGAGCAGACGGGAAUAAAAAUUUGGAUGCGAGGGGGCAUUCAGGAAAUGCUAGAAGAGAAAGGGGGUUGAGAAACACCAUAGUAAGACAAGGGGUAAAGUUGCAACAAAAGAUGACUAUAAAUACAAUGAUGAUAAUGGGGAGAAAGGUGAGAGUAAGAGACAUGCUCAUAGAAAUGCCCCAAGUAGCAGAGGAAGAGGAGAUAAGAAUAAAAAUUUGGAUUCAAGGGGGCAUACAAGGAAUGCUGGAAGAGAAAGAGGAACUGAAAAGAACUAUUUCAAGACAAAGGAUAAAUUUCUACCAAAAGAUUCUAGCAGAAAAGAAAUGA